CCGGAGCCCGAGGCUGAGGAAGGGAAAGCUGGUGUUCCUCUAGAUGGCCUGAUAUGAAGGAGUCACACCUCUCGCCUCCCCAAGCUGCAACUGCCUUGUCCUUCAAGUGCAGGAGCUGGUUGAAAUGUCAGGAAUGGAAGCCAAUGUGACUAUCCCAAUCUGGCAAAACAAGCCACAUGGGGCUGCUCAAAGUGUAGUGAGAAGAAUCGGGACCAACCUACCCCUGAAACCCUGUCCCUGGGCAUCUUUUGAGACUCUGCCCAAUAUCUCUGACCUGUGUUUAAGAGAUGUGCCCCCAGUCCCUACCUUGGCUGAUAUUGCUUGUAUUGCUGUGGAUGAAGAGGAGACAUAUGCCCGGGUCAGGAGUGAUACACGCCCCCUGAGGCAUACCUGGAAGCCCAGCCCCCUGAUUGUCAUGCAGCGCAAUGCCUCAGUGCCCAACCUGCGUGGGUCAGAGGAGAGGCUCCUGGCCCUGAAGAAGCCAGCCCUGCCAGCCCUAAGCCGCACCACUGAGUUGCAGGAUGAACUGAGUCACCUGCGCAGCCAGAUUGCCAAGGUAGUAGCAGCUGAUGCAGCUUCGGCUUCAUUAACACCAGAUUUCUUAUCUCCAGGAAGUUCAAAUGUCUCUUCUCCCUUACCUUGUUUUGGAUCCUCAUUCCACUCUACAAAUUCCUUUGUCAUUAGUGACAUCACCAAAGAGACAGAGGUAGAGGUACCUGAGCUUCCAUCAGUCCCCCUGCUUUGUUCUGCCAGCCCUGAAUGUUGCAAACCAGAACACAAAACUACCUGCAGCUCGUCUGAAGAGGAUGACUGCGUCUCUCUGUCCAAAGCCAGCAGCUUUGCAGACAUGAUGGGUAUCCUGAAGGACUUUCACCAGAUGAAACAGAGCCAAGAUCUGAACCAGAGUUUAUUGAAGGAGGAAGACCCUGCUGUGCUUAUCUCUGAGGUCCUAAGGAGGAAGUUUGCUCUGAAGGAAGAAGAUACCAGUAGAAAAGGAAACUGACAACACUCGGCCCUGCAAACUCAGUCUCAUGCUCCUGGAAUUCCUUUAAUAGCUGCCUUCCUCACCGCAGAUGUUUCUGCCUCUCAGUGAGAAAUCUUCUGUAACAGUCUUGCUGACAAGCUAAAGCUUGGACUGAAAGAGAAGAGCCGGAUUAUAUGUUUCCCAUAUUUCAAAGUCUAGCAGAAGCUAAGGCCUGUGAUUUAUUACAGGUAAUCAUGUAGAAUGGAGUGUCUCAGUUUUAAAGGGUAAGACGGAACUUUCUGUUUUUUCCUCAUCCCUGUGUGAAAAUAGGUCCUAAAUGAAUGACUUCACUGCAUUAGACCCCAUAAAUGGUUUCAUUGGACACUUUGUGCCCAGCUGUCACUCACUCUCAGUGGUUUCCUUGCAGCAGAGCAGGAUAGAGCGGAAGGGGCUUUAAAUGUUUGUGUACAUGUUCACAGGGCAGGGCAGGGCAGGGAAAAUCUUAUGCUGCUCCAUCAAAAACCUACACCAAUGCCCUGCAAUCACCCUCUCUAGAUGUAGAGGUUGGACCACUGAACCAGCCAACAC